AUGACACUACUUGAUUGGCAAGCCUUCAAGAUAGAGCCAAACAAAGAAAAGAAGCUUAAGAAGUCAACCUGGAAGUUUACUUUGGAUUUUACUCAUCCAGUAGAAGCUGUGUUGAGAUGGAAUUUUGAUUCUGGACAUUUUGAACAGUUUCUACUGGAGAAGGUUAAAGUGCAUAGAAAGACUGGAAAUCUUGGGAAAGUCAUUCACAUUGAACACUUCAAGAACAAAAUCCCAGUUGUUUCUGAGAAACAGUUCUCUAAAAGGUAUCUGAAAUACCUUACCAAGAAACAGCUUAAAAAGAACAAUCUUCGUGAUUGGCUUCGUGUGGUUGCAUCUGACAAGGAGACUUAUGAGCUUUGUUACUUCCAAAUUAGUCAAGAUGGAGAUGAAUCUGAGUCUGAGGACUAG